AUGGCCGUUGUGCUCUACAAGAAACAUUGUGAUGAUGAAAAGCAGUCCAGGGCAACAGCCAUGGAAGCGUAUGGAAAAAAUGCAGGUCAACUUAAAUUUCGAAUACCAAAGAAGAAAGCCAAUGCACAACCAGAUGAAAUCCAUAUUCAGUCCCCUUUGUCCAGACUCAGAGAUGCCCACCAGUGGGACUACCCUUUAAAAGAGUGGAAGUUGGAAACUAGAAAUAAUUCGUAUCACGCAAACCGGAACAGGAAAAGACACUUCGAGAAAUGUCACAUAAAUUAUGAAGGAGCAGCAUUUGGGUAUGGCAGGCAACCCAAAGUUAUGUUGACGAAUGUCCUGAAGACGGAAGUAGGAAGAAAAUACAUAAAGCCACAGCUUAUAACUGAUGCUAAUUUAUCUCAUGCUGUCACGUUGCAAUCAGCUCGGCAAACCUCAUCAUCUGUUGACAGUAUAGAGAUAUGGCAAAUAUUAAGUUCUCCUCACCAAAGCCUUUUUAUAUCUAAAAGGCAACCCAAAGUUACCUUGACGAAUGUUCUGAGGACGAAAACAGGAAGAAAAUACGUGCAAACUCACCUGUUAGCUGAUGCUAAUCUAUCUGAUGCUAGCAACUUGCAAUCAGAUGAAGAGCCCUCCUUAUCUGUUGCCAGCCUAGAAUCAUGUCAAAAAAUAAGUUCUCAUCAAAGCUGUGUUUUAUCAAAAAGGUAUGGAAGAUCUCAGAGAAGGCCAAAUGACCAUAUUCUGAAACCCUGUAAAGAUACAGAAAGUAGCAACCCAAUGCUGAUUGUAAGAAGAUGUGAUGUGGUGUUAGAAGACUGUAACAUACAGAAUAAAGAAAGAGAUAGUCAAGAGAGAAGAAGAAAAGAUUCAAAGACUGCCUCUCCUGGUUUAAGGGAAACAUGCUUUCAACAUAAUGAAUGCAGAAAAAGAAGAGGUGACGGUUUUUCAAGUCAGUGGAAUGUACAUUCUCGAAAAAAAUCAUCAUUGCCUAGUAAAGAACAGAGUACAGAACCAAUUGAGUCACCUGGCUUCAGAUGCUCAAGUGAGAAUCACCAGGGUCAAGACCAUAACCCUCAGCAGGAAAACAUUCUCCAGCCUUUGGAACUGGACUGUUGUGAAACCUUCACCACUGCUAAUCAGAAUACUUCUGUCAGUUGUCCAGGUGAAAGCUGCUCAAAUAUUUCUCCCAAGAGAAGGCAGCACUCCGUCAUCAGUAAGGAUGUCCAGAUUUCACUCCUAGUCAGUUCUCCUAGGAAAGAAGAAGGGAAUACAGCUCUACCUUUGGAGGAACCUGGGAAUAUAGUGGAAAAGAGUAAAAAGACAGCUGAUUCAGCAGAGCCAAUUGUCCUUUCUAGUGAUGAAGAAGAAAGUGCUGAUGCAAAAGAUACAAAGCUCCGUCUCCAGACUGCGAAAGGCCACAUACCUGAGAGUAAAGAAACAGAACAAGAAUACGUGCUGCCUUUGUCAGAAGAGCCAUCACAGGGUUUAAUUGAAAGCAAGACUGAACAAGUUUCCACUGACUCGCUUAUACGUAAGGUUACUUCAGACUGUAAGUCCAGUGAACACGCGGAUCUUCUCUUAGAUGUCAAGUUUGCCAUUAUUUUUAUUGGAAACUAUAAAGGAACAGCAACAGGUUGUACCAGAUUUACAACCAGUUAUAUUAAGAUUCCAUUUGAAGUGGCCCUUAAUGAGAAUGUGGACCUGUUAAUAGAUACUAGGCACUUAACAAAGGUUGGUCUGUGGAGUGGUCAUAAUGAUUCCUCAGCUUUGAGGAGUGAUGAUGUCAUUUUCCUUUGGCUGUCAUCAAAUUAUGUGGAACAGAUUGAAAAUCAAAUAGUAACAUCCAUGCUAAACAACAAAGCGAAGAGUACUGAAUUCCUUUUCCUGAAGCUGUCUCAGUCACUUACAGAAGGGGAGCAGGUCGUAUUGAACAAGAUAAUUUCGGAAGUAAGCAAGAAGAAUUCCACUCCGGAUCUCGCUGACUUUUUGCCUUGGAAAGAGGCAGUUCUGUUGCUUCAAGAUAUAUCCUCUGAGGAAAGCUCCAUCGUUGCCGAUUGGUUUACGUUGUUUCAGCAGCUAAAGGAGAGUACUUCUGUUAUGGUGGAGCUGCCACCUCAGGAAUCAAAACCAAGCCCCACCAAGCCCAGUUACUGUCUGUUGCAGAAGCAAAGUGGCAGCCAAUAUUCCUUUUCAAUGUCGUCUGCAAAAGAGGAUGAAUGGAAAGAAUUCCAAGAGAACCCAUCUGUUCAGUACUUGAUCGUUUAUCCUCCCCCACCUACUAAAGGAGGACUGGGUGUCACAAGAGAGGACUUGGAGUGUUUGGAGUAUGGAGAAUUCCUCAAUGAUGUGAUCAUUGACUUUUACCUUAAGUACCUCUUGUUGGAGAAAGCUCCCAGACAGCUUGCUGAACAGUCGCACAUAUUUAGUAGUUUCUUCUAUAAAUGCUUGACCAGGACAGAAAAGAACUCGGAAGAAAAUCCAAACCUUUCACUGGCACAGAGAAGACAUAAAAGAGUAAAAAGAUGGACUCGGCAUAUAAAUAUUUUUAAUAAAGACUACAUUUUUGUGCCUGUGAAUGAAGAAUCUCAUUGGUACAUUGCAGUUAUUUGCUUCCCUUGGCUAGAAGAAGUUGUUUAUGAAGAUUUUCUGGGUCAGAGUUCACGGCAGCCACCCAUCCACCAAUUUCCAGUCCAUUCAGAAAUGAAAAGUGAAACUGUUAGAACAGAAACUGUUUUGGUCUUUAAUGAUAAUUGGAAUGAUAAAGAAGAAGCCACUAAAAAUAGUAGCCUACAGCCAAAUGAUAAUGGUCAACAUGAAAGGCUGUCUCCAGCACUGGAUUCCAGAAGUUCCAAAAGUUCUUCAAGCAGUUCUAAAACCAAGAAGCUUUGUAAAAGGCCAUGUAUCCUCAUAUUGGAUUCCCUGAAGGCAAGUUCCAUACAGAAUACAGUUCAAGUCUUGAGAGAAUAUUUAGAACUGGAAUGGGAAGCAAAACGCAAAACAUGUCGUGAGUUCAGCAAAUCAACAAUGGAGGAUUUCUGUCCAAGAGUCCCUAAGCAAGAUAACAAUAGUGAUUGUGGAGUGUAUUUACUGCAGUAUGUGGAAACUUUCUUCCAGAAUCCUGUCGUUAACUUUGAACUUCCACUGCACUUGGACCGCUGGUUCCCUCGUCAGGCGGUGAGAAACAAGCGGGAAGAAAUUAGAGACUUGAUCUUGCGGCUUCACUUGCAACAGCAGAGGGGUAGCAAGAGCUAGCUGGACUGCUCUUCCAAUCUUGCAA